AUGCCGCCGAAAACCAGUCGCGACCAAGGACGCGGUCGGCCGAGCAAAUCGUCGAAUGUUGUCGCUUCUUCCUCCCAGAAUACUGCACAAACUGGAGCUGGGGCUGGCGCUAAGGGCCGGAAUGGCAGGGCUGGCCGUCCUGCGGCAGCAGCUUCACGGAGAAAGAAUGACGGUGUGCGUGCAGAGCAGGUCGCUUCUGCUGGGCGGAAGAGGAAAGCCGGAGAUGUUGAGGAGGAUGCUGAAAAGGAGGUAGAAGGGGAUGAGGAAGAUAGUGAAGGGGAUGAGGAUGAUUGGGAGGAAGAAGAAGCGCUUGAGGGGGAUAAUGACGACGACGAGGAAGAUGAGCUGCUGGAGAUGCCGUCAGCGGCGUCGGUGGUUGCAGACAAAAGAAAGAAGGCCAGCAAGCGGAGCAGCGAUGUCGCGGCGGAUAGUGGGGCGAAGAGGAAGAAGAGGCGUAGCGACGCAGAGGCGGAAUCGAGUACUACAGCAGGAACGGCGAGGAAACGGGUAAAAGAAGACAAGGGGAAGGAGGAAAGAGUGGUGGCGAAGACAACGACGACCACAACAUCAAGCAAGGCCAAGUUUUCACAUUUGAAGCCGCGCACCCGCCACAUCUCACAGUCGGUCAUCACGACCAAGUGGCGGCCUGCGCCAUUGCCAGCGCAGGCUGCCGCGCGCGCAUUGUUCAUCACGGCUAAGCGACCGGUCGUCGAAGCGGCGGGAAGGAGGGCGUCGACCGCCUCAUCUUCGAAGGCUGGUGUUAUGGGCGAUGGGUACGAUAAGAGGAAGACGGAGGCGGAAACGACGCUAGCGAGCGUUCUGAGGAAGCUGGAUAAGCAGAUUCCGAGAAUCCCCUUCCCGCCGAUGAAGGCGGCGGGCGCGGCGUCGGCGGCGGAAGUGUUCGAGCUGGAGAAGGUGGUCGAGAGGAACAGGAUGCUGGAGGCGCAGCUCACUCCGGCGAUUCAUGCGGUCAAGCUGCUGAAAGAAGCGGUGGUAAAAGAAGAAGAGGUGUUGGAGAAGGAGAGAGAGGGGCUAGAAGUGCUCGAGCAGAGAGCGAGGGAGGCGGAGAGGAGGGGGAGGGAGAGGGGAAAGAGGGGUUUACAUCCGGCGUUGAAGAGGUUUAGGGCGGGGAAUGAGCAGAGUGGCAGUGACAGUGGUGGUAAAGAGGACGGCGCGGAUGAGAUAAGGCUGGUUACUGCUGGGGAACGCAGGCCUUUGGUCGACGAAGAGGAGAUGGUGUUGGACAGCGAUGAGCAGCUGGCACCAGUGUGGGGGCAGCUGCGUGGUCAUCUGGAGUCAAUGCAAGCGAAUUUGGAGCAGGUUGAAGGAUUGGACGAGGCGAUGAACGGUGCGAGGGUUGCUUUGGACGGAGUCUUGAGGGGAAGGUUGGGCGGAGAGCGAUAUGAAGGGCUGAUGUCAUCUUCUUAG